AUGCGUGUCUCCGCUCAGAUCAUCGCUGGCCUGGCCCUCGCCGCCGGCACCGCCAACGCAAGUCUGUACAGAAGCACACACGAGGCAUACACCAGCAGUGCAGUAGCCACUACUCCAACCGACACUGCCACCGUCACCUCCGCUUCUGCGACAUCCACCGGCGGCAGCACCCCCAUCGUCAAGCACGAGACCUCCGCCACCGAGACCAACACUUCUGCCGCCGAGACCAGCACCCCCGCCACAACCGAGAGCUACGGUCCCUCCGUCCACUCCAACGCUGCUGUCCCUCCCUCCCAGACGAGCGUCCCUCUCAUCAAGCCCAGCGCCGCAACCUCCGCCGCUGCUAGUUCCGGCGCCGCCGGCAGCUCGACUGCCUCUCAUGCCAAGCCUACCGGCUCUGGCGACUACGUCGGUGUCGUUCAUGAGACUGGGGAGCCGAGCAGUGGUGGCAGCAGCAGCAGCAGCAGCAGCAGUGGCAGUGGCAGUGGCAGCGGUGGUAACAGUGAGACUAAUCCCUCCAGCCGCCUUCAUACCAGCCCUGGCUCCAACCUCGUAGUGCCUGGUCUUGCUGCUCUGGGUAGCCUUGCCGUUGGCCUGAUGGUUUUGGUUUGA